UUGGCUGUUGUAGCAACAAGUCAGCUGCUGGUUGCUAGGGAACAGGGAUCGAGUUGUGUUCAACACUGCCGCCAUUCAGAACACACACAAUCAAGAGGUUGUCCUCAAACACUCGCGCUCUGCUGGUUUUCCUCACGAAUUCUCACUGUGCAAUUCCUGUAGAGGUACUCAAGAACUAAAGGUUGCCAUGGCAAAGCUGGUGUCCCCGCCCCCAAAGUUCACCAAGGAUGAGUGGACCGUCUCCAACCUCACCAAGUACCACUCCGCGGAGGCCGAGCGCUCGCGGUCCGAGAGGCUCGUCGCCGAGAGCCAGCGGCUCAUGAACGAGACGGAACAGACCACCCGCCGCACGCAGAGGGACGUCAACAAGAAACUAGAACAGAGGAUUGAUGACAUUGACUUUUGGAAGUCGGAGUUGGACCGGAAGUUGGAGGAAAUCACCAACGAGACAGACACACUGCUGGAGUACAAGACUCGGCUGGAGAAGGGCAUCGAGGCUUGCGAGGAGCCGCUCCGGAUCGCACAGACAUGCCUUGCUAACAGACAAAACCGAGCGUCGAUCGACCUGGUCCAUGACGAUGUGGAGAGGGAGCUGCUGAAGGAGGUGGAGACCAUCCAGGGGGUGAUGGAGCUGCUGAUGAGAACACACGAGCAGGCUGUGGAGCAGAUUCGGCUCAACCGCUCCGCCAAGUUCCACCUGGAGAAGGACCUGAGGGACAAACUGUCGGCGCUCAACAUCGAUGACUUCUGCUCGACUCUCACCAACAACACGCCAACCAUCGGAUACGCAGACACAGCCGUCAAGAUACAGGCAAACUCUGUGACUCCCCAAGAUUGGCGCUCGUUCUCGGACGACAACAUCGCGAAGGCCGACAAGCAGAAGAACCUGUCCAUCCAGCUGCGCUCGCUGAUCGACGGCGUGCUGGUGCAGACCGCGGACGAUAUGCAGAAGCAGGUCGACACCACGAACUUGGCCUUCCGCAAGCGAGUGGACGAGACGAAGCUGGCCAAGUCCAAACUGGAGGACCAUCUGGGCAAGGUAAUGGACGAGGUGACAUCCCAGGAGAAGAACAACGCAGCGCUGAGGAAAGCCAUCGCGGAUAAGGAGGCGCCGAUGCAGGUGGCGCAGACCCGCCUCGGUAACCGUGAGCAACGGCCGAACGUGGAGCUGUGCCGCGAUCCCGCACAGUACAGGCUGGUGGGAGAGGUCGGGGAAAUCUCCGAAAAUGUUCAAAGAUUACAAGAGCUGCUGUACGCGUCGGACGUGGAGCUGAAGGGCCUUCGGAGGAACCAGCUGAUCCUGGAGGAGGACAUCGAGGUCAAGGCCAACUCUCUCCACAUCGACGAGGUGCAGUGUAUGCAGCUCAGGGAGGGCAUCAACAUCAAGAGCUUCUAACUGGGACAGUAUAUAGUCUAGCUGUAGUUUAUAUCACACCACUGGUU